AGGAGCUGGUGCCAGAAGGAGUCUGUGCUGCAUCGAGAGGAGAAACAGCCGCUAACAGAAACAUGUCCGCGGUGCCUGACGGAAAGAAACUCGUCCGGAGCCCCAGCGGCCUUCGCAUGGUGCCUGAAAAUGGCGCCUUUAACAGCCCGUUCUCCCUGGACGAGCCGCAGUGGGUCCCGGAUAAAGAGUGCCCGAGAUGUAUGCAGUGUGACACCAAGUUUGACUUCAUCAGGAGAAAGCAUCACUGUCGGCGGUGCGGCCGGUGUUUCUGCGAUAAAUGCUGCAGUAAGAAGGUGGCGCUGCCUCGCAUGUGUUUCGUGGAUCCGGUGCGGCAGUGCACCGAGUGCAGCCUGGCCUCCCAGAAGGAGAUGGAGUUCUACGAAAAGCAGCUCAAAGUGCUUCUGGGAGGUGGCACCUUCGUCGUCACUUUGGGAACGUCGGAGAAGUCUGAAACCAUGACGUGUCGCCUCUCCAACAACCACAGGUAUCUGUUCCUCGACGGUGAAAGUCACUUUGAGGUGGAGCUGUCUCGGAUCUCCAGCAUGCAGAUUUUGACAGACGGGUCGAGUCCAGGAGGUGAGACUCUGUUACAGACAGCCCCAAGAUCAGAGAAUGACAUUCACACUUACACCAGUCUGCUGGACAGUCAGUAUAUCUCUGAAGGAGGGACGUCACGGGCCAGCGGCAUGCUGCUCCACUACAAGCCAAUGGGCUCUCAGGACGCCCAGCAGCUCCGUAUGGAGGCAGCAGACGACAAGAAGGUGGCCUCGUUAUGGUUGGCUGCGAUGCACAAGGCGGCCAAGCUGCUGUAUGAAGCUCGGGACCAGUGACCUGCAGGCAGCCUGUCCAACCCUCCAGGCAGCACACACCCAAGUGUUUUUGUACCCGGUCUCACCGGGGUUUGGUAUCGUUUGGAUUUUUAUUAACACCAGUUCUGAUUCUGCUUA